CCAGCACUAUAAACGCUAAUCGAGAAAUUGGAAACCGAGCCCCCCCAAAAUAGCUUUAGCACCGUUGACACAGUGGCCUUCUGCUGCUACCCCAAAAACCCUUAUUUUACUUUGUUUAUUUUACUUUGUACGCACAACAACAUUUAACAUCGACUCAAUAUAAAAAGACAACUACCUACUACGACAACUAACUACAACUACAACUGCAACUACAACGAACAAACACAAGAACUUUGAGCUUUGUAUUCAACUCGGACUUCUUUGCUAAAUCUUUUAAUAGCAAGACAUUCUUUGACUUCUAUCUAAAAACUUCAUUUUAAUUGUACAAUCUCUUCCUUUCUCUGUUCCAAUUGUGCUUGAGUAUAUCCAAUUCACGAGGACAGCUCGACAUUCACUAUCUUCAUUACCGACCUAUAGUUGAGAUCAGAAUCCCACUCGAUCCAGAUCUUCUUGACACUUGUUCCUGUCCUCUUCAAUUGUGGGGUAGAACGAGAAAUACUUGACACUUUUCUACACAUUCCAAAUCUCACAAACUAUCAAAAUGAAGGGUAGGCACUUCCGCAUCCGCAGACCUUCCUCCAAUGUAUCUCUAACAUAUUCAAAUAGCUCUCAUUCUUGUCGGUGGCUUUGGCACCCGUCUACGCCCACUCGUACGUUCCCCAUUGUCAUGAUACCAUAUUCGAAGUCUAUAUGGCGCCCUGCGCGCAAGCUACAGAGUUCCCCAAGACAUUCAUCGACUGACAAUGAUCCCUAGACUCUUACCCUCCCAAAACCUUUAGUCGAGUUCGGUAACAAGCGCAUGAUUUUACAUCAAGUUGAAGCUUUGGCAGAAGCUGGAGUAACAGAUAUUGUUUUGGCUGUAAACUAUCGCCCGGAGGUUAUGGAAAAGUAUUUGGCUGAGGUAUGAUUCACUACCACCAUAAAAAAAAAGAUGGGUUACACCGCAGAAGUUAAUGCAGGCAAUAUAGUACGAAGAAAGAUUCAACGUUAAAAUCACAUUUUCCAUCGAAUCCGAACCAUUAGGUACAGCCGGUCCUCUUAAACUCGCAGAAGAAAUUCUCGGCAAAGAUGACGCGCCUUUCUUCGUCCUUAACUCAGAUGUCAUCUGCGAAUACCCCUUCGCAGACUUGGCUGCUUUCCACAAGAAGCACGGUGAUGAAGGUACCAUCGUCGUAACUAAGGUUGAAGAACCAUCCAAAUAUGGUGUCGUUGUUCAUAAACCAAACCACCCAUCCAGAAUCGAUCGAUUCGUAGAGAAGCCAGUCGAGUUCGUCGGAAACCGCAUUAAUGCCGGUAUCUACAUUUUAAACCCAAGUGUCCUCAAGCGCAUCGACCUCCGCCCUACCUCCAUCGAACAAGAGACUUUCCCUGCUAUUUGCGCAGAUGGUCAAUUACACUCUUUCGACUUGGAAGGAUUCUGGAUGGAUGUUGGGCAACCCAAAGAUUUCCUCUCUGGAACCUGUCUCUACCUCUCUUCCCUUACCAAAAAGGGUUCCAAACUCCUUACUCCACCAAAUACCCCAUAUGUACACGGCGGUAAUGUCUUGAUCGACCCUUCCGCCAAAAUCGGCAAGAACUGUCGCAUUGGUCCCAACGUAACAAUUGGUCCUAAUGUUGUUGUCGGUGAUGGUGUUCGUUUACAACGUUGUGUCCUCCUCGAAGGCUCUAAAGUCAAGGAUCACGCUUGGGUUAAGAGCACCAUCGUUGGCUGGAACUCUACUAUCGGUAAAUGGGCACGUUUGGAGAAUGUUAGUGUAUUGGGUGAUGAUGUUACGAUCGGUGAUGAGAUUUACGUAAAUGGAGGAAGCAUUCUCCCACAUAAGAGCAUCAAGGCUAAUGUUGAUGUUCCGGCUAUUAUCAUGUAGAGGGAAUGAAUAGGUGGAAUAGCAAAUGUGGAGUGAAAUCAAAAUGGUUCACGGUGCUUUUUGGAUGAAAAACAAUGGACUGACGGAAGAGGGAAGGAAGGAAGGAGUAAAGUAAUUCAUGGAUGGACUUCAUUACCUGGCCGUUUUUUCGCCGUUUCUCUAUCUUAUCUUAUUCGCUUCGGGCUUUGGCUUUUGCUUUGGGGAUAAAAGGGUCACGCAUUACAUGUUUUUAUGGAUGCAUGCAUGCAUUUUCUUUUUCUUUUUUUCAAAGAAACUUUAGAGAUGAACAUCCUAUUUUCAUACUGUUUCGCUGGUGCUUCUUUAUUUUUUUUUUUCCUAAUGGGCUAUGGUGUAUGUGUUGGUUGGUAUUAUGUGCGUUUAUGUGUGUUAUUGUUUGUGUUUGUGUUUGUCUCUGUAUCGAUGGAUGCAUGCAUGCAUGCUGACUGGGUGAUUCAUACGAUACAAUAUACCUACCGUAAUAUGUAUGCAUGCAUGCAUUUGAAUGAUGUCUCCUC